AUGAUUCAUGUGAACAAUCAUUCAAAUUGUUGUCAUAUAGAACAACUUAAAGAUUCAAAAGAAAUUAAUUGGAAACAAUUAACUAUUCAUUAUAAUGAACAACAACAACAACAACAACAGCAACAACAGCAACAACAACAUCAUACAUUCAAUGAAUUAGGAUAUAUUCAACGAAAACAAUUAUGUUUAUGUAGAAAAUCUUUAUCAUUAUCAUCAUUAUCAUCUUCUUCAUCAAUAAGAUCUUCAUCAGGAUCCAUUUCAUUGACAACUUCAUCAAUUACUAAUUCAAUAUGUGGAUUAUCAACAAAUGAUCAUACGCCUCGUCUACAUCCUUCAUCUCCACCUCUUCAUCUACUUCAUCAAUUAAAUAUGAUUAAUUGUGAUAAUACAUUAACAACUAAAAUGAAUUCACAGUAUCGUAAAGAUUUUUUAAGGAAAUUUCGAUUCGACAAUUCAUCAUGGUUAUUUUCAUGUAAUAAUAAUUCUAAAUAUAAAGAAUAUUCUAAUAAGAAAACGACUCUACAAUUCAAUGAACAAUAUAUACAGAUAGAGUCUACAUUGAACUUAUUAGAUAAUAUUGAUCCCGAUCAACUAUUCUGUAUAGUAACUGAUGUGAUUCAUCAAUUAUUCAAUACAAGUCGUUUUGUAUCUAUUCAACAAUUGGAUUCAUCCAAGUUAGAAUUAAUAAAUAAUAUUGGAACUUUCACGAUUGAUCAUUCAUCAAUUUUAAAGCAUCGAAAUCAAUGGAAAACACAUUCUAUAGGAAAAUCUAGUACAAAAUCUAUUCAUCAUAAAGGACAUAAUUGUGUUGUCUUCAAUUUAACUAAUGAACCAAUAUCAUAUGAUAAUAAUGUAAGAAGUUUUGUAGUCAAGGUAACUCAUAUCAAAAAUACAGAAUUACGUAAUUUAUUAUUAAUCAAUAAAGAUACAAGUAAAAAAGGAAACUAUGUGGUUAUUUGCAUAAUAUAUGAAAAUGGCAGUUCAAUGAAUGGGAUUCUAAUAUCGUUCAUUGUUACGAAAUUUAUGGACAAUGAUAGAAAAUUAUUAGAAAUGUUUAUUGUUAAGUUAAAGACACUCAAUGAAGUAUUCAAGAAGUAUGUGAUGAAAUCAUCAAUGAAUCUUCAAUAUAACUUACAAAAUAAUUAUUCAAUUCUUUCAGAAGAACUCAAUUAUCUCAAUUUAGUUACAUUAUCAAAGGAUCUAUUAAAACAGAUAAUUGAAAAAACGAAUUAUACAAAUUGUAUGUUCAUGUUCAGUACAGAUGAAUCAAAUCAGUUACUAUGUAUAGCUUCAUCAGAUGAGUUAUUUACGGGCCAAUUGAAAAUAGACGUUCAAAAACCUUUACUCGAAAAUUAUUUACAUUUAUUCAAUGAUUCAACCAUACAAGAAAUUGAACAGAUCGAUAUAAUUGAUAUCCUUCAACGGCUAUUCAAUAAUAAACCAUUAGAAUUCUAUCAAUCUCAUCAAAAGAAAUUCAUCUGGAUUAAUCUUGGCUCUUUCAUUAAACAGAAUAUCAUUAUAUCCAAUAUAACAGCUAUAGAUAAUAAUCCUAUUGUAAAUGUUUAUAUAAUACUUUGUUUAUGGUCUAUAUGUUCCACACAGGAUUUAAAUAAUGAAAAUGACUUGAUGAUUGGUUCACAGAAACUUCAUACUGAAAUGAUUGAUUUAAUAGAUAGAUAUAAAGAAAAAUUAUUGAUUAUGUACAAAUUUCAAUAUUUCUAUGAUCUAAAAUUAUUUACUGAUAUACUCCAUCAAGAAACAUUAAGACUUAGUUGUAUUAUGAAUCAUAGAAAUUUAUAUGAAAAUGUUGCUGAUAGUUUAAAGAAAUUAAUCAACUAUGAUUGUAUAUCAAUUUAUCAUUUUGAUGAAAAUGAACAAGAAUGGAUUGAAGUAUUAAAACAGUAUCCAACGGAAAAACAAGUAGUUCAGAAAAGACGAUGGAAUAAAUCACCAUGGAUGUUUGAAAGUCUUCUAGAACAAAAUGAGAUCAACAUUGAUCUAAGAACUUUGACAAUAGAUUCAAUAGAUUCUAUCAUUAAAUCUAUUAAUCAACUUGAUUUAAAUGUAUACUGGAUCAAUUUGUUCUUCAAUAAUAAUCAUAAUGAUACAAUCCAAUUGACACUAAUAGAAUUACAUAAACUAAAUCAAGAUCAACAAUUUACUAAAUAUGAAAAAUAUUUAUUAACAAAUUAUAUUACUGAUUUCUUAAUGAUUAUAAUGCCACAAGUUUACUUAAACAAUGAACUAUACAUAAUGCGGAACAGAAAUGAAGUAAACGCUGAACUGGUUGCUUAUCAUAUGAAAAUCUCGGAUAAUGAAAUUGCUCAAUUGAUUAAUCAUAAAAUUCAUAGUUUAACAGAAAUACAUCCAAAUUUCAAUGAAAUAUCUUUUAUUUCAAGAAGUAUUAGUGAAAGUGAUUCUACUGUAGCUAUAAUGAUUAUGUUUAAUAAUCUUGGUUUUAUAAAACAAUGGAAUAUAUGUCAAUUUAAAUUAGCUUAUUUUAUAUUAACAAUAAAGAAUAAUUAUCGUCAACCAACUUAUCAUAAUUGGAUACAUGCAUUUACAGUUGGACAUAUGGCUUAUUUAAUAUUAACUAUUGAAAGUAUAAUAAUUCAUCAAUAUUUAGAUAAAAUAGAACAAUUAGCAUUAUUAAUUGGAGCAUUAUGUCAUGAUAUUGAUCAUCGUGGAUAUAAUAAUCAUUAUCAAACACUUAUUCAUUCACCACUUCAUGCCGUUUAUGGUUAUAAAGGAUCUAUACUAGAACAUCAUCAUGUUGAUCAAACAAUGAGAAUAUUAAAUUUGAAAGAUUGUAAUAUAUUAAGUCAUAUGACUAAAACAGAAUAUAAAAGAUUUCAAUUAUUAUUAAAACAAAUUAUAUUAUCAACAGAUUUAUAUCAACAUAUUCAAAUGAUGCCUAAAUUAAUUGAAUUAUCUAAUACUUUAUAUAAUCCAUUGAAUAAACAACAUCAUGAAUUACUUUUAUCUAUUUUAGUAACAUCAUGUGAUUUAAAUGAUCAAUGUAAACAUUGGUUGAAUACAAGAGAUGUAGCUAAAUUAAUAUAUAAUGAAUUUUUUCAUCAAGGUGAUUUAGAAAAAUUAUGGAAUAGACUAUCAUCAUUCAGUAUAUCUAUAUCAUUGGAUAGAGAGAAAGCAUUUAUACCAGAAUUACAAAUACAAUUUAUUAAUACUAUUGUUGAACCAUGUUUUAAGGUAUUAUCCAGUAUUUUACCAAAAUUUCAAUCCACUCUUGAUACCAUUAAUAAGAAUAAACAAAUAUGGCAAAUAUUAUAUGAGAAAUUUAAACAAAAUCAAUUCAUGAAUUAUACAAAUGAAUUAUUAUUUAAUAAAUAUUAUGAUCAAUUAAUAGAAGAAUAUCUAUGAUUGUCAUGAUGAUGGUGAUGAGGAUGAUGAUGAUGAUGAUCUUACUUACUUAAUUACGUCUGUAACUCCUUGUAGAGGAAGAUACACCGCCGCCUAUCACUAUUCUCUAUCUAACUCUAUCUUGGGCAAUUCUUUUCAGUUACUAUUCAUUUUUUUCAUUCUUUAAACUAUUAUGAUGAUUAUAAUAAUUAUGAUUAAUAUAUUUGAUUGUACAAAUAUAUGUAUAUGAAUCACAUUUUGAUGUUAAAUAAUUUAUUGACUACUGUUCAUACUACAGUGUGUGUGUGUGUGUGUGUUUGUCUGUGAAUAAGCUACUGAUAUCGACAGAUAUAAGUAGUAUAUAUCAUUCGUCAAUCAAAAAUAAAAUACCUGAUGAUAGAAGGUUAAAAAAAAAUUAAAGAUUAAACAGAAUAAAAUGAAAACAAUGAAUGAUUGAUAUAGAAAUAAAACAACAAUCAAUUGUCUCACAAUUGGUUGAUCGAUUGAUUGAUUGAUUGAUUGAUUGAUUGAUUGAUUGAUUGAUUGAUUGAUUGAUUGAUUGAUUCAAGUAUUCAUUGUAUGAUCCUUAGAUAUUCUGUCAUUUAAUAUAUUCAAAUAUAUUCAAUUAUUGUUAAUUGUAUAUUUUCAUUUAUUGUUAUACUACUGAUAUAUUUUAUGUGUUUUUAUUUAUCUUCUAUAAACUAGUUUGUUUCUAUGAUCAUUUCUGAUCUAUCAUUUCAUUAUUGAAUGAAUGUAUGUUUGUUUAUUUGUUUGUUUGUUUGUAUUAUUUUUUUUUGUAUUUUUCUCAUGUAUUAUAAAUGAUGAAUGAAUCAAAUUUAAUAAUUUCUGUUUCUCAUGGAUUAUAUUCGCUUUAGAAAAAAAAAGAAAAAGAAAAAAGAGAAGAAAAAAAGAUUUUUUGGAAAUAAUCAAUUGUAUUUCGUUACUAAGCAAAAAACAAAAAAAUUUUUUGUUUUUUUUUAUAUUAUCCUAAUCAAUAAAUAUUGAUAUUACAGUAUUAUAGAAUUGACAUUUUAAUCAUUGAGAAUACAUAAAUAAGAGAUUAUGAUGUAAUAAUAAUAAAAUUAAUGAAAAGAUUAUUGAUUAAUAUAUAAUCAAUAAAAAUAAUGAGAAUAUUGGACAUAGGAUAUAUUGAGAUUUAUAUUAUUGAUUAUUUAAUUAUCAUGGUUACAAUUUCUAUUUUGUCUUCUAUUAAUGAUGACAUAUACAAAAUCUCCUAUGGUAACUAUUAUGAUUGUUAUCAUCGUAAAUACAAUUACUUAUAAAAGAUAUCAGUUAAAUACUGAUAUAUUUAAUGAUAGUAAGAAUAUCUGAAAUAAAUAAGUGAUAUUCAUACAAGAUUGAAUACAAUUCAGUUUGUUCUGUUCUACUUUACAGCUGUGAAACUAGGCUAUUAAGAGUUGAAGAUACUCGUAAGUUACUAAUAUCUGAUCAUAAAUGUUUUAGAAAUAUUGCCAACAUCUUCAUGGAUCACCGGGUAAGUAAUAGUGAGGUUA